AGAUGGCGCUCGAGGCCGUGGCUCCGCGGGCAUUGCCCAGGCAAGGCGGAGCCUGGAGUGCCCGUCGGUCCGAGUGCCGUCCCGGUAACCCCAGCCGCCGCCGCCUCCUGCCCGCGCCAUGACCCAGCCCGUACCCCGGCUCUCUGUGCCCGCCGCGCUGGCCCUGGGCUCGGCCGCUCUGGGCGCCGCCUUCGCCGCCGGCCUCUUCCUGGGGAGACGGUGCCCUCCAUGGCGAUCCCGGCGAGAGAAGCGCCUGCUGCCCCCUGAGGACAGCCCCCUGUGGCAGUAUCUGCUGAGCCGCUCCAUGCGGGAGCACCCGGCGCUGCGGAGCCUGCGGCUGCUGACCCUGGAGCAACAGCAGGGGGAUUCCAUGAUGACCUGUGAGCAGGCCCAGCUUCUGGCCAACCUGGCGCGGCUCAUCAAGGCCAAGAAGGCGCUGGACCUCGGCACUUUCACAGGCUACUCAGCCCUCGCGUUGGCCCUGGCGCUGCCCCCGGCCGGGCGCGUGGUGACCUGCGAGGUGAACGCGGGGCCCCCGGAGCUGGGGCGGCCCCUGUGGAGGCAGGCUGAGGAGGAGCACAAGAUCGACCUUCGGUUGAAGCCCGCCCUGGAGACUCUGGAUGAGCUCCUGGCCGCGGGCGAGGCCGGCACCUUCGACGUGGCCGUGGUGGACGCGGACAAGGAGAACUGCGCCGCCUACUACGAGCGGUGCCUGCAGCUGCUGCGCCCUGGAGGCGUCCUCGCCGUUCUCAGUGUCCUGUGCCGCGGAGAGGUGUUGCAGCCUCAACCACGGGACACUGCGGCCGAGUGCGUGCGAAACCUGAAUGAGCGCAUCCUGCGGGACGCCAGGGUCCACAUCAGCCUCCUGCCCCUGGGCGACGGCCUCACAUUAGCCUUCAAGAUCUAGGGCUGGACCCUAGGCGAGUGGCCUCGAGGGAUGGGACUUGGGAACUCCAGCCAUGGACCCUCAGUUUUAACCUAUCAAUAAAGUGAGGCCUGGGGCA